AUGCAGUCUGUGUCUGUUGUCGCCCAAGAAGAGAAGCUGGACUAUGUGUUCUCAUCAAUAUAUUCACUAUACACCGUACUGGGAACAAUACUGAACAGUAUCUUGUUGUUCCUGAUUAUUUUCCUCAAACAAGAAGCCAUCGAACGACGGUACCGCCUUCUUUUGGGAAACACCACCUGCACAUUGCUAUCACUUGCUGUAUUAACGUUUUUCUUGCAGUUACGAUUUGUGAUGGCUGGAGACUCAAUGGCAUACGUGUCGCUUGGACCAGCCCGAUUUUUGGAUAGUCCGCGACUCAGCCUUUUUGCGACUUCGCUGCUGCUCGUCACUGAUAUCUACUCAUUUAUGACAAUCGCAAUGUGUAUGGUCUACAAAUACGUUACCGUGACAGGAAGGUUCUCCCAGCGCAAAGCGAAUUCUCAGUCUUAUCGGACUGUUUUACCUCUUGCCGCUUUCAACUGGAGUGAGUUUCCUGUGGAAUUGUGGGAAUAA